AUGUUGAGAGACAAGAAAAGACCUGUAUUUAAAGAUGAAGAUUCAUCAGAUGAGGAUGUGAGGCAUUACCGAGACCCGGCUACAAAAAGCAGGGGCGAAUGGCAGGGUGAAGAGGAAAGUGAAGAGGAGAGUGAAGGUCAAGACGAUAUAAUGUCGAAAUUAUCAUUUGGCACCCUAAAUAAGAUGCAAUCGAAGCUACAACGAGAGGAUAGCCGGAAAGGCGAGAGAAUAAACAGACGAAACGGAAGAGAUGUAAUAAAUAUAGGAGAUCGGGGAGUUAGUGAAGACAGUCAAGACAGUGAAGACAGCGAAGAAUCUGAAUCUGACACUGCUCCCAAAGUUUCUACAAGUACAAAGAAAAAAACUAGUAAACAUGCACCAGCGGUAUCUUCCAGUAAGAAACCAGUAUCGAAAAUCCGCGAGAUCCCAGGCUUACCAUCAAGAAAGACACACACGCUAUACAAGGACAUAAGAUUUGACGCAGCUUACGGCAAGGCCGACUUGAACCAGGCACGGAAAAACUAUGCGUUUCUUGAUGACUAUAGAAGAGACGAAAUUAGCAAAAUGGAGGAUAUUCUAAAGGAUAAAAAAUCUAAGCUCAACCAACACGAAAGGGAAGAAAUAGAGCGGCAACUACAGUCAUUGAAGUCAAGGAUGGACAGUUUAAAGAAUCGCGAUAUAGAAAAUCUGAUAUUACUGGAAUACAAAAAGAAGCAGUAUCAGAAUGUGAAAAAUGGAAGUGCAACACAACCUUAUUUCUUAAAGCGCAGUGAGCAGAGGAAAAUUUUGAAAAAGGCUAAAUACGAUAGCAUGAAACCUAGACAAAGAGAAAAGGCAAUGGAGAGAAAGAGAAAGAAGAGAUUGGGUAAAGAAUUUCGACAGUUGGAAUUUAGAGUGAAUAAUCAGUAA